UUUGGCUUCUCAUCCACGUUCCUUCUUCCUCCACACUUUCCUUUUCCCUUUUUUUUUUUGUGUUUUUUCUCUUUCUUUUUUAAUUCGCUUCCCUCUAUAAAUUGGUUCCCACCAAUCCCUCUCGCCCGCCCUCUGCUCUCCCCAUCUUUGCACGUCGUACGAUAGAUAAAUAAAAACUUAUAAGCUUGAAAAGAUCGAGGAAAAUAGAGAGAGAGACAGACAGACAGAAGAAACAUGGAGGUUCGCGGCAGACGAGAGAAGAAGAGAGGCUUGGCGGCGGCGGCGGCGGCGGCGUGCGAGGAGCGGAGGGCAGUCGGGCCUGCGAAUCCACUCCUUUUGCACCAUCCCUGCAGUGUCACCGGACUUGCCCGUCCCAAAUUCAGCUAUCGAGUUGGGUCACCAGAUCGAAAUGCGGCCCCCGAUGAACUUCUCAGCAUUCUGCUAUUUGAGGGCGAGGAGCAGGAGCAGGAUGAUGAUGAUAAUAAUAAUAAUAAUAAUGAGAUUGAAUCGGCAGGAGUAUUCUCAGGCAGUAGUUCUCCACCGAGCCGACCGGCGAAUCCAAUGGUGAGGGACCCAAUGUUUGGCGAGGUAAAUCCGUCCGAGCCGUUCCUCCUAUGGGCAGGCGGCUCGACGACGGGCUGCACUUCCUCUCCUUCCGGCAGAAAAGCAUCUCCUUCCGGCAGAAAAGCAUGUGGGUCCGAAAAGUCGGAAAUCCGGCCGCGCCCCCCUGCCUCAAGGAUCGAGGGUUUUGAUCUCUUCGACCGCGAACGCGGCCGGAGGCGCGGGAUCACCGCCAUUGCUUAGAUUAAUUCAUAUUUAACCAAGGUGCGUCUUUUGAUAGGCACUUUGUUAGGAGUAUAUAUAUAUAUAUAUUUAGAGACUUGGCAAGAGAGAGAGAGAGAUUUAUUAGCCUUAAUUAGAAAUUCUCUGUAAAUAUUAUAUAUACUUUAUUAUAUACAUAAUAACUAGGACUAUUGGGUGCAUAAAGUUGAAAAAUUAUCCAUGCUGAUAUUCUGUACGCAAUGUGGCUUGUAUAAAUUUUUCCCUCAUAUAUAGUGCAAGAGUGACAGUUAAGAUUACAUAUUGAAAAUCAACACUGUGAGUAAUUUGAUAAACCAUUAGCCAUUCUGGAGAAAGUGAGGAAGAUGGUGGCGGAGUUAGAUGAUGAGGAGUUAGAUGCCAACUGUGUGUAAUUU